AGCUAGAGAAUACACAUGGGUACCAGGUUGCUGGUCGUGGACCUGAAAUAAAGAUGUUUUUUGUAGAUUUGAAACACGUUUUCGUAGUGUUUGAGGUGUUUAGUAAGUAAGGCAUGCAGUGGCAUUAAUAUCGACCUGGAAAAAAUACUUUUAUUUAUUUGUAGUCGUUAAAUAACUCGAAGUUUUCUUGCUGUUCGCUUGUUUUGCUAACUGAAAGGCUAAAAGUGGCUAUACUCAACAGUGUGUGGAGUAAAUCACCGUUUACACUGUGUCUUCAAUGAAAGUUAUUAACCUGCAAGAGAUGGAGACAGCAGCGCUGGUGGCUCCAGCCACAGCUUUGGAGUUCCUUCAGGAUGCAUUUCUCCUGACAGGUGAGGGACCAGUCUUGUCAGUCUACAGUCUCCAGCCUCGCCCUAAAGCCUGUGCUUCACUGAGUGUGCUUCAACACUUCAGGAUCCAUGGGAUAAGACCCAGAAAUUGGGCUGCCGUCCCAGCACAGAUUUCUGUCACAGGAGCCUACGGGAAGAAGGAGCAUGGACUGAGCUCAGCCACAGAGCACAACUUCUAUGACCUUGCAGUGUUUGGAGGCAAGGCUGUGAGGCUGGUGAGGCUCCAUGUGGAUUUCCAGGAUGGGGACCAUCUGCAGUUGGAGAUCUUGGGCCCCCUAAUGGAGUUACAGGAUUGGGCCCUGGAUGUCCGCUGGCUUUCUGGAGACAAACACUCACUCCUCUGUGUGGCUGUAGCCCACAAUACUGCUCUUCUCCUAGAUGUCAGUACAGGAACUGCCCUGGUUCAGCGCUCCUGUCUGGAGGGGUGUCUACUGUACUCUGCCCUCCUCCUAGUACAUGAAUCUUGGGCAGAUGCUGUCUUAGUAGGAGGGACUGUUUUCAACCAGCUGGUUCUCUGGAGGCCUGGAGGAGGAGAGGAAGGAGGAGGGAGUGACUCUGGAUGUAAAGCUCCAGUUGAGAGACGUCUGCUGGGUCACAGUGGGGUCAUCUUCAGCAUCUCAUACCUCCAGGAGAAAGGAUGGCUGGCUUCAGCCUCCGAUGACCGCAGUGUAAGGGUGUGGGGUGUUGGUGUUUUAGGGGGCCCUGGAGGGAAAUGUGGGGACUUGAACCCGCCUUGUUUAAGGGUCCUAUAUGGACACCAGGCUAGGGUGUUCUCAGUGUGUCUCUCCCCCAGGAAGGUGUUCAGUGCAGGGGAGGACGGGGCCUGUUUAGUCUGGGACUGGGUUGGAGGAGGGACAGUGGUUCGGACAUUGAAGGGACACCGAGCCGGAGGGGUACGUGCGCUGGCAGUCAGUGAGGGAACAGGAGAUGAGGAGAGAUGGGUGGCUACCGGGGGGGCAGAUGGAGGGGUGAGGUUGUGGAGGUUGAAGAAGAGUGAAGAAAGGAAGGAGAAUAUGGAGGAAACAGUGACAGAGAAGCUAACCAAUCUGAAAUUCCCUGGUCACAGCAUGCCGAAAGUGGUUUGUAUAGCAGGAGAAGAGGAUGAAAAUGCAACUUGGGGACAGAGUAAGUUUGUGGUUUGCACUGACCAAGGAAUAGUGUAUCAAUACAGCAAUGGACAGUGGGAGAUUGUUUGGGAAGGGACUCCUGAUUUUCAGUCCUACUGUGUGAUGGAAACAGUAUCCAUCCGUGUGAAAGACUCAACAGGCAAAGUUCAUUUGUGUGCUGUGGGAAACCUCAGCGGGUCCAUUCAGGUCUUCCCUAUUUCUCAUCCUCAAUCUGGGAUUCUUCUCACAGGUGGAUCAGGAAAGAUCCAUAGUCUUAUCUGGCAAGAGGGGGCAGGGGGCAUGUGUUUGCUAGCAUCAGGUGCUGAAGGACUCGUCUAUCGCUGGUGUAUAGAGGUAAAAUUAAAUGAAAACUGUUCCUUAGCUCUCAGUGUAAAUCCUCUUCCUCCUUUCCUCCUUCCCCCCUGCGCCAAACGCUGGCUGACGGCUACAGUGUACCUCCACUCCAGGUCACAGGAGGCGCUCUGGGUUUGCGGGGACAGGAGAGGCUCCCUGCUUUUGUUUCAAGAAGGAGGAGAGCUUCAAGAUUUGAUGACAGGCACGAAACAAAGUGAAGAUGAGGUAAAUGGAAGUGAAGGAGAUGGAAAAAGCGGUUUAAUGGAGCAGAGAGAGAAUAAAGAAGUGCAGGACCUGAAGCUGCAGCCGCUGAGCUGCCUGUUCGGCGUGCAUGGAAAACAAGGUGUAACUUCAGUGUAUGAAUAUCAGGGACUCCUCUACAGCACUGGCAGGGAUGGCUGUGUGAGAGUUUUUAGAGUGAAGCCAACUCCACCAGAAAAACUAGAAGAAAACAGAAAACACUGUACUGGAAAGAUUGUAGAGAACAAGGAAAAGCUUCAGCUGGAGGUUCUGCGAGUUCAGCGUGCCUGUAAGGGUAUGGAGUGGCUGGAGAGAGUGUUGAUUCUUGAACCUGAAAUCCCAGAGGAAGAGGAGGUCAGAGAGGAAUGUCAGAACCACUGUAAGACAGAGCAGAGCUUUAGAGGAGAAGAAGUAAAGACUGAAAACAAAGCAAGAGAAGUCAGGUUCGUCAUCGCUGGCUUCCACGCCGCCCACUUUGUGGUAUGGGAUCCGGUGAGGCAGGAGAGGCUGUUAGCGGUGCCUUGUGGUGGGGGGCAUCGCUCUUGGUUCCUCUGGCCAUCCCACAAAGGGGUUUGGCCUGGAUACGGAGCUCUGGUCUUCAUCAAGCAAGGGGCCGUCCUGGCUUCGCAACCUCCUGGAGAGGAACCAGGCUGGGCUGGGAGGUCAGGAGGGAUGGGAGGAUGGGGCCUGAGAGAGGGCGUCCACGGGAGGGGGAUUGGUUGUGUAUGCAGGCUGGGGAGGAUCGAGGGAUUUAGGAAUGACAUUCAAACAACUGGAAAUAUGACUGAAACUGAGAGAGGGGAAGUGAAAACAGAGGAAUGCAACUGGGAAGUGGUGGCGACGGGAGGAGAGGACACCAGCUUAACCAUCCUGGCUGUACAUCCCAGCUCAGGCAACAUCAAAGUCCUCUCAGUCAUUACUGACCACAUCUCAAGCGUACGGACGGUGACAGCGGUAACGCAUCCAGAGGGAGAGACCGGUAACCAAGCACAGUCUCUCUCCUCCCUGCUCAUCUCAGCUGGCGGCCGGGCUCAAAUGCAGUGUUACCGGCUGAUGAUCGGCUGGGACAGGGAGAGACUGGUUCCCUCCUGCCAGGUGAUCCAGGUGGCCAGUCACCGAUUGGACGAACAGUGGGAGAGGAAGCGAAACCGACACAAGACGGUGAAAAUGGACCCUGAAACAAGGUACAUGUCCAUAGUGGUGGUGGAUGAAAGGAUAGACUCUGUUCUUCUGGCUGUGGCCUGCAGUGAUGGAGCUGUCAGAUUGUUCUCGGUCAGUGAAGUUAAACGUCAGAUUGAUUUGCUGUCGGAGACGUUUUACCAUCAGCGCUGUGUGCUGAGUGUCGCCACCUGCACCUUGGAGGAUGGAAAAGGCAACAGGUAUAAGCUGCUGUUCAGUGCUGCAACAGAUGGGAAAAUUGCAGUGUGGGAUUUGACAGAGGCGGCGUCUUCAACCGAUACCUCCACUGCACCAAUCCCCUGCCUCAACAUCCCCGCCCACCAGAGCGGCAUCAACUCAUUGGCUGUUUGGGCAGAGAAACUGGAACAACGAGAGGGCGGUUGCCUGGUAACUGUUGCUAGCGGAGGGGAUGAUGGGCAGCUGACAGUGUCCACAAUUAGGGUGCAGUACCCGGAAGACGGGAAGACUGGGGGCAGCAGAGGGUUUUCUCAGAUUUCUGAGCCACUGAUUUCUUCACAAGCCCCAAACCAGCUUCAGCUCCAACUCCAUGCACACUCCCACAUCCCACUGGCCCAUGCUGCCCCUCUGACUGCCCUGAAGCUCCUGACCCCAGGCCUCAUGGUCUCCACCUCUUCAGAUCAGAGGGUUUGCCUCUGGACGGUCCGCAGUACCGAUAUCAGCCACAGAAGGACGCUGUGCUCCCACGUUGCAGAUACUGCAGGACUCUCAGUGUGGGAGGAGGGGGAUGAAAAGGGGAACACAAGAUUUAAGUCUGAGCAGGAGAUUGCAAUUUGGAGAGGAAAAGGGACUCAGACAGGAUUAGAGACAGAGGACAAGACCGCAGAGGGUGAGGCAGGUGGGAGGCUCUAUAAGGAACCAGAUGAUGAGGCCGAGGGUGGAGAGCCUGUUGGAGCAGUGAGCGAGACAGGUGACCCAGUUUGUAAAACCAGCGAUGAGAAAGGAGGUGAGGCGAGAGCUCAAGCUGACAGAGAGACUGACAGCGUGGGUAAGACGGAGAGUGAGGUGAGCACUGAGGCAGGUUUGAAAGAUUGUUGUGAGAGCAGGAAAAAGAGAGAGAAGACAGGAUGGGUGCUGGUCUGUGGUCAGGGCCUCCAGCUGCUCCGAGUCAGAAAUACAGAGAUCGAUGCAGAGAUGUGGACAGAGGAAAGGAUAGAAAGAGAGAAGGGAGAGGUGAAUCACAGAGUUAAGGUGAUUUUACAAGAGAAGUUGACAUAAGUGGAGUCAGGCCCAACCAAUCACUUUCUUAAUGAACAAUUUUUUGACAUUAUUUAUGUUAUUAUAUGUAAAAUGACAAAAUUCCAGCUGCAUGAAUGAUCAGUAUGAAGUGAUAUUAAAUUAAUUUUACUUUUAAAGUACAUUUUUAUUAAAGGAUUUUUAUUAUUUAUAGGUUUUUUUGUUAAAAAAAGUGUUAAUUCUACAUUCCAAAGGAGGCACAGAGAAACAGUUAUAGGCAGGAACAUUAUCAGACCUGUAUUAGUUUCAAUCCUUAAGUUUUAGACUAGUUUGUCUUUACCUCUCUGAAAUGUAUGCCUGUCAUUAAUUUCUGCCAGCCUGAAAACCCAAACAAACAAACAAAAAAGAUGUGGGCAGCAGUUCUGUCUGUGAUCAGGCUACAUCUCUGCUGCUAACAACAUACACAAAGUAUUUGGUUCUUAUCAGGGAAAAAUAAAACUUCAUGGCUAUUUCAAGAGAACGUUAAAACCAUCUCUGAUGUGUUUGGGCCAUCUGUGGCCUCCUUCAGGGAAUAGCACCACACUGCACAAAGAUGGAUGAAAUGACUGGAGUUAUUUUUAAUAAACAUUAUGCUGCUUCUCAGCUAGCCAGGAAAUAAAGCCCUCUUACUUGAAGAGAGCCCUGGGACUUUAUUCUCAGUGAGAACAAGGCCAAACCAGAGACUGCUUUUACCAGAUGUCUCCAUGCACCAAAAACCUCGAAGAAGUUUGGAGAUUUGUAGUUUAAACCUAGUUUUUUGUUUAAAACAACACCCCUUACUAACACCUAUUCCUGAUUUGCCCUUGAGCAAGGCACUUUCAGCGAAGAAAAUCGUAACACGUGAUCCCUGAGUUAGGCCCGACUGGUCCUGAAGAGCGGUGGCUCCCAACCUGGGAGACAGAAAUCUGUUCUGCCACACAAAAUUAUAUAUAAAAAAAUUCUUACAGAUGCUGGACAGUUUUUUCUCUUCAUACUGCAGAAUUCUUUCAAAUAAAACAAUGGGCUUAGCUAAUGAUCCUGUGAACAUUUUCCAAAGGAGUAAUAAGCCAAAAAAGAGAACUGAUGUAAUCACAUGUUCUUUUAUGAUGACCAAUUUUAAAUGUUCUCCUUGUCCUCACUUUUUCAAAGACUGUCUGAGGGUUUCCACUUGGUUUUAGGCUUAGGGUUAUAAUUAGGUCUAGAUUAAAGUUAGGCUAAGUUCACAUUAGUAGCAAGGAAAUGCAUCAGUGAGGUUAUAGAAAUACCAAAGUGUGUGUAUUUUUAUCGCAGAAAGUAUUUGCUUCACAAGUCACACAACAGCAUGAAGCCCCAGGGUUGUAUUACUAUUAAGUGUGAACAUGGGGCGUGUGAUUGUUUGAAGGUUAGGGUUUGAACAACCGUGCCCACUCAUACCAUGAUUAUAUUGUGUGCAAGUGUUCUGAAAUGCUAAUUUAGCCAUGUAGAACCAGAAUGUGUUGUGAUAUGAAAUGCUAAUACUGCUUAAGUGGCAGGUUGAUAUGGGACUGUCUGCACAAAUUUUGCAUAUUUGGUGUGCGUGUCUGCCUGGUAUGCAAAUGCAGCUGUGUCAGAUGAAGUGUGAGACUGCUGGCAGCAUGUUCACCUGUGCCACAUUAAAUGUCAUACACUGUA